AAACGAAACAAAGACUGGGGCUGCUCUCCCCCCGCCUCCUUUGAGCUCAACAGAAGCUGCAGCUCGUCGCCUUCAGACCAGGAGGGUAAACGACACGGAGAGAGAGCGUGUCCGAAGAUGGAGGAAACAGAAAUACUGAAGUUUAUUUGUGCCAACCAGGGAGUAGUGAACACCGACGAGCUGCUCUACAAUGUGUGCUGCAGUGACUCCACUGACACCCUGUCGAACGGGGACAAAUUUGCUCUGUGUUGUAUCAACGGGCAGCCGAAGGUGAUGGCCAGGACCAGACUGAGACUGUGCAGAAAAAAGGACUGCCCGUGGUCGUGCGGGGGUCUCCACCUGUGUGUCAACUUCCUCUACAGCGGAUGCUGCUCGAGGAGAGUGUGCAGCUUCUGCCAUGAGCUGAAUUCUGCGUACAAUGAAGGGAUACUGAAACAGCAUGAACUGGAGAGUCUGAGCAGGACAGAGCUGUGCACACUGCUGCUGCAGAGCGACGCCACGCUCCUGCCUUCUAUAUGUCAUGAUUACAACAAUAAAGGUGAAGGGGAGUUUGGCCGAUGUAAGGACGGAAAUGACUGUAAGAGACUGAACAUUUGUGAGCGUUACCUGAACAGUGACUGCCACUGCUUCAGGGUGCAUGAUUUUCACGCUCCACAGCCACUGAAAGUCCUGCAGAGUAAAGGUUUCCCCGACACUCUCAUGAGCUCUUUGAAAACCAUUUACAUAAAUAAAGAGGCCAUCCAAAACUCUGAUAAGGCCUCAGGCGAGCACAGCAACACGCGCAGCCAUAAGCGGAGAAAUCCAAGGUCCUCUAACAGUGAUACGUCUGCUGCUGACGACUGCAUGAGCGAUGCAAGCAGUGACGGUGGUCUGAAUUUGCCACAAACGGAGUGGUACGGACGGAGAGGUGGUCCCCUGGGAACCAGAGGUAACCAGAGCAACCUUCAACAGCAACAGGGAUCCUCUUCCCCUAGCGACAUCCUUACUUGUAUUGAUGACUUGGAUCUGUACACUGAAGACGGUCUAGGUGAAGACGCCAGUCAGAACCAAGAGACAAACUCUACUACCAGUGACCCUGCUGAUGACAGCAACAAUGACUCGAGCAGCGACAGUGAUCAGAAGAGAAACAGACAGCAGUACCAGAAUAAAGGGAGAGGUGGUCACCAGGGCAACAGGGGUUCGACAGGUAACAGGGGCUACGUUGGAAAUAGAGGUAACAGAGGUUACAGUGGAGGCAGAGGUAACAGAGGCUACGUUGGAAAUAGAGGUAACAGAGGUUAUAGUGGAGAGAGAGGUAACAGAGGCUACGUUGGAAAUAGAGGUAACAGAGGUUACAGUGGAGAGAGAGGUAACAGAGGCUACAGUGGAGAUGGAGGUGUUAGAGGCUACAGUGGAGAUAGAGGUAACAGAGGCUACAGUGGAGAUGGAGGUGUUAGAGGCUACAGUGGAGAUAGAGGUAACAGAGGUUACAGUGGAGAUGGAGGUGUUAGAGGCUACAGUGGAGAGAGAGGUAACAGAGGUUACAGUGGAGAUGGAGGUGUAAGAGGCUACAGUGGAGAGAGAGGUAACAGAGGUUACAGUGGAGAUGGAGGUUUUAGAGGCUACAGUGGAGAGAGAGGUAACAGAGGUUACAGUGUAGAGAGAGGUAACAGAGACUACAGUGUAGAGAGAGGUAACAGAGGCUACAGUGUAGAGAGAGGUAACAGCGGCUACAGUGGAGAUGAAGGUAACAGCGGCUACAGUGGAGAUGGAGGUUUUAGAGGCAACAGUGGAAAUAGAGGGAACACAGGAAACUACAGCAACCUUAAACAACGGGCCCGUUCCACUAGUGACAUCCUCGCUUCCCUUGGUACCUUGCAUCCGUGCACCGAAGACGACAAUGACUCAUGCAGCGACAAUGGUGAGAAGAGAGGAGAACAGUGGAACAUGACUGAAACUGCCAGAGGGAGAAGAAGACAAAGACCAGUGAGAGAGAAAACGGAUAUAUGUCUGUUUUUCAUCAAAGGACGAUGUAUACACGAUGAUGACAAGUGUUACAGAGUUCACGACAAGAUGCCGUACAGGUGGCAGGUCAGAGAGGGCGACCAGUGGACCGCCCUGCCUGAUAAUGAGGAGAUUGAGAGGGACUACUGUGACCCCAAAAAAUCACAGAGUAGUAAAACCCCACCAGUGCAUUUUGACACGAUGACCUGCGGACAGAACAACGUACGGCGACUCUCUACUCCUAACUCUUUGGUGGAGCCCACCUUCAUGUACACCACUGAAUGGAUCUGGUACUGGGAGGAUGGCUCAGGGAUAUGGAACAUGUACUCUUCACCUGGUAGUGGACAUGACACAGCCGACAUUGACAGCACCAAACUGGAGCAGAAGUUUCUGAUGACUGACAAAGAUGUGGUGGACUUUACGGCUGGCUCACAGUCAUACUCGCUCAGUUUCCAGGACAUGAUCCAAACAAACAAUCAUUUUGGCACAAAGAGGCUUGUGAGGAGACGACCCCAGUUUGUCUCUGUAGCAGACGUCCUGACAAAGAGCGUGAGGAGACCUAAGAGUCAAACAACCCUUUGCCAUACACCAGGCCACUGGGAUAAGACGCAACUUCCUGAAACAGGAUACAGGCGGGUCUCCCUCGAAAGCUCGUCAGAUGAAUUCAAGGAGAUUGAAUCUUUGUUCUGUAAAACCAUGAAAGGCUUUGACAUCGUCAGUAUCGAGAGGAUUCAGAAUAUAUCACUCUGGGAAGUCUUUCAGUGGCAGAAGAAUCAGAUGAAGAAAGUGAACGGUGGACAGAACGUGAAGGAACGAAAGCUUUUUCACGGCACUGACUCCGAACACAUAGAUGCCAUCUGCCUCACCAACUUUGACUGGCGAAUCUGUGGAACUCAUGGAACUGCUUAUGGAAGAGGAAGCUACUUUGCCCGCGAUGCCAAAUACUCCCACAGCUACACCAGUAACUCUGCUGUCAAAUCCAUGUUCAUCUCACGGGUGCUGGUGGGAGACUACACCAGAGGUUCCUCAGACUACACCCGCGCUCCUUCCAAGGACGACGGGAAUGUAAAUCUCUAUAACAGCUGCGUGGAUAAUGUCGUGAGCCCUUCUAUCUUUGUGGUGUUUAAAGAGCACCAAAUCUACCCAGAGUAUCUGCUGCAGUACAGGGCCUCAGUUCAACCCAGCACAUCGGUUCAGCCCAGUACGUCGGUUCAACCCAGCGUAUCUCCAUACCGACCCAGCACAUCGGUUCAACACAGCACAUCGGUUCAACCCAGCGUAUCUCCAUACCGACCCAGCACAUCGGUUCAACCCAGUGUAUCUCCAUACCGACCCAGCACACCAGCUCAACCCAGUGUAUCUCCAUACCGACCCAGCACACCAGCUCAACCCAGCGUAUCUGCAUACCGUCCCAGCACAUCAGCUCAACCCAGCACUUUGCGCUACGAUCUCGGCACAGGCACGUACCAGUACAAACCCGCCGAACGCUUAGCCAGUUCUCCUCCCUCCACACCAAAGAAAAGCCCCGACUCCUGUGUCAUUGCAUAGGUGCAACGUUGAAAUAAAUAAUGUGCAUUGUGCACUAGAUGACCUAUAAUAGAAAUUGGCUUUGUUUGACGGUUGCUUUCUUUUCUCUAUUUGAAAUGAGAAGCGGCUUUUUUGCUACUACAGCGUCAUUUUUGGGAGGGGUUUUGUGAAGUGUGGCUGAAUAACACAUUGUCAGUAAAGACUUCUACUGACACCGUGAACCAGUCUGAUAAAGGGACAGUUGCUGUUGCCGAAAAGAACAUGGCUGUCAGCAGGGACACAAGGAAAACAAAAUUCUGUGCCUGCAAUUUGCCAAUUUAUCUUGCUGUAGGAUAGCAUUUUUCUUUUGGCUGGAAACUGACAUUUAACUACAGUUCACUCUCCUACACCAAAGACCAUAGAGAAAACCAGCAUUUCAAGCUCACUGGGACACAAGAGCUGUAGGUGUACUGCUGCUUAUCUGAAUGUAGACUUUUAAACACAAAGUUAACACUUUUGAUCUAAUGAUGGUAGCAGCAGUGGAUCAGCAUGUGUCUUGUUAGACAUGGCUGUCUAACAAUAAGAUAAAGGGGCGAUCAUAUCCCUAAGAUAUUGCAGACUUUAACCAGGCAUGGGUUAAAUCUGGUCAGUCACAGAAAUCUGUGUGUCCCUGCUGGGAGCCGUGUUUGAAGUAAAAACUGAACAAUCACUUUGAAAGGGUUAUUCAUUAUUAACAAACACUACAUUGAUUAACCACACUUUUGAUUAACCAACACUUUGCGAAAUCAGAAAAAAAAAUGCAUGUUCCUUUAAAUCUUACAGUGAUCUAUUUGUUUUUAAUGUCUUCAUAUGAGGAAGCUUAUGGUCCUCUUGGCUCUAAACAACGCUUUUUCUUUAACGCUUUCAGUAUGAAUUUUCCAUUAGACAGUUCUAGCACUACUCUGCUCGACUCCGCUCAGUAUUUUUUUGCUUUUCCACUUGCGACCGUACCCGGUAUCAGGUGCUUUUUUGGUACCUGCUCUGUCAAGAUUCUAAGCGAACCGAGCCGAUACUAAAAGGUGACGUCAGCUGGCCGCUGAUUGGUCCGAGAGUGUCGUCACUGGAAGAGUCAUGAGCCCGACGUCGAACGCGAGAAUCUAACCUGCCAUUUUUUCAAAAACUGGCAAGAGCGUUACAGCAACAAGAUGCAGACGUUCUUGUGUUUGGUGCCUGAUGAGAGGAUCCGGAGAGAGCUGUGCUAGAACAUAGAGUGCAUAGAUACAUUAUAAAUAACCCACUUUGUUCAGAAUUCUUUUUUUAAGAUUCCAACUUUAACCAUGCAUUAAAAAAAAAUAUAUAUUAUUUCCUGAAUUUCUGGCUUUUCCGUUAUGGAAAUCAACAAGCAGUUGGUGUAUGUGUGUAUCUAUCACAAACAUCUAUAUAUUCACGUAUUGAUGAUUAAUUCAUUAUAUGAAGAGAUGCUACACUGCGCCCCAGCCACUUGUUGACAUCCAGAUAUCCUGUUUGCUCAGGAAAUAUUACCAUGCGUUGUUUUCACUGUUGAUUAUGUGCAUUUGAAAUAAAUGUUAAUGAAAAAAAAUAAAUGUAAUUAAAUGUUA